UCGUCUAAGAACCCCUCAACUUAUAAAAGAAGGAAUUAUUACCUUGAAAAGAGUUGAAGGUGCUGUUGACUUUGUGGAAUGGACUACAUCUAACGGAAAUAUAAAAUCAACCAAUCGCAUUGAUGAUGUCAUUGAACUUACUCCCAAAGGAAACGAACUAGUUGAAAAGAUUUCUUCUGGAAAGGCUAAAGACAAGCUUUGCUGGUCUUGGGUUAUGUAUUGUGCAGGAGACGGAAAUACUUGUCAACAUUUAUGCGGGGGGAUUGGAAAAUGUAACCCAGAUUGCCCAAAUGCUAAUUUACCGAACAAUUUAAAAAAUAGUAAUGACAGACAUCGUUGUCGAUUACGUGUUGUCUCAGAAUCGCGUCUUUCCUGGAUAAAUACUCCGCAUCAAUUAAGAAUUAAGAUUGAUGGAUGGCAUAUUCCUCCUAAUGCUCUCGUUGUUCAUUCACCACAAGUUACGCGAGUCAAUCUUACACGUAAUGGUGAUGAUAAAAUACCAGUGCGAGCUGCAAUUUCCGCAAUUAAGGCAAACCUUCCGUGUAAUAAAUCAGAUUGUAAUCAUGCUUGGUACUAUGAGGACUUACCUAAUAAUAAAGGUUUUCGGCGAAUCCGUGAAUGUUCAUCUAUAAACCCUUGGAAUCCUACAGCAAUGAUCGAUCAGCAUGUAUCAAUAAUGCAUGAAAUUGAAAGUGAAGUUCGUGGUACUGUCCUUUCUUGGACAAAUAUAAUGUUGAAAUUAGCAGAAAAACUUAAAGCAUGGGAUGUACCAAAAUUGCUAAGGUAUGCAGUUGGAAGAAGUCGUUCAGACGAAGAAGCUGAUAAUUUGAUGAAAUUAUUUAAAAAUUUUAUAGACGCAUUGGCGAUUGGUCCUGAGCAAAAGUCUCUUAUAAAAGAUGAAUUGGAAAACAAUUGGAUGAGUGAUGAGUGGCGUAAUAAAAUUAUUGAUUGCGGGCGUAUAUUCGAUGACCUCUUGGAUGAGAAACCAAUGACGUCUAAUAACUUGACAGAAAUAAUCAGUCGUAAAGUAGAAGCCCAGCUCGAUGGCAAAAUGACGCCAUUAGCAUUCCUUGAACGACUUUUUGGAGUAAAAUUGCGAAGAGAUAGUUUGCAUGCCGAUGAUGCGCCUGUAGAACAAUCUGAUCAAACAAGCUUAGUCGCACUCCUUAAUGCGCAAUUAAUAGCACAGGUAAUUACCAAUUGUGAUACUUUACCUAAUGAUAUUCAAUGUCACCUGAACCUUGGCCGCCUUUAUUUCCUUUAUUAUCUUGUCGAGCCGGCAGAAGAAACAAAUUAUUAUUAUGUUAAAAGAAUAAAUGAAACAUCACUAACUUUUACAUCACCGUACGAUGGUAAACAAAUACAACUGGAUGCUAAUGCUAUGGAGAGUGACUUCUCUCAAAUAAUAAAGGAGACAAAGCAGAAGUUGGUCGAUUAUUUCAGAUCAAGAGAGGACAUUUCUCAACAACAACGUAAUGUUAUCAUCUCCCAGGGUUCUAUAGAAGAAGCCUAUUUAGAAAUUGUCCGAUUAUAUAGUAUUAGUGGUAUUAUUUUGUUUCAUGAGGUUUAA